AAUAUAGCAUGAAAACAAAAGCAAGGCAAUAGAAUCCUCAGUGCAAUGAACAAGGCAAGUUUAGGGGCACUAGCCAUGUUUUAAUGGUAUAGGAUCCUAAGUUUAAAACCACCGUUGGAGCUGCCAACGCUGCCAUCAAGUGGAUAAGAAGAGGACCCUCCGUGAAAAAUAAGACAGCCCCAUGGCACAGAAAAUACACACUGUAGCGUAAAUGCUUGAUGGGACACUGACUGGUUGUGCCGUAAAGUAUCUGGCGUGACUGUAGUCAUGAAGAAGACGCACCUCUAGAAAUCUGACGUCCUGCGUCAUCGUCCAGUGGGCGGAGUCAGGACUCGAGCUCAGCUACCGACCAUCCUGGUUGUUGGACUGUAGCAUCGCAUUGAUCUGAAGAGAAGACCUUCAUAUCCUCUUCACCUGCGUCAUUUGGACUUUACACUCAUCUAACGCCAGCAGGAUGAGCUCUGCGAUGCUGUCUCCGAGGUUCCUGCUGCUGCGAUCGGCAGCUUCCUUGACCACCAGGUCGGUGUCCAUUGGGGUAGCGUUAAAACAGGGACGGGCACCGGACAUGAUCGAGGGAAAUCCACUUUUACACGUUUCAAAUGUGAGGAACAGACUGAGAGAAAUUGUGGGAGCGUCCACCAACUGGAGUGACCACCAGCAGGCCAUGGCAGAACGAGUGUCGUUGUCGACCAUGUUGGCAAACUCCCAGAACGACCUCCCAGCCAAAAGGAUGAAGGACAGCUUUGUAGAGGCUCACCUGCCGCUGGGCUCUGAGCCGCAGCUCCGAGAGAAGUACCUGACCUUCCAUAACACCGUCAGGUUCGGUCGGAUCCUGGAGGAUUUGGAUAGUUUAGCAGUCCUCAUUUCUUACUCUCACACUUAUAAUCCCAAACUAAGGAGGUCUCCCCUGUCAAUAGUGACCGCUCUGGUGGACAAGAUUGACAUGAGGCAACACAUUAUCUACCCUGAUCGUGACAUCAAGUUCACUGGUCAUGUGACUUGGGUGGGAAAAACGUCCAUCGAAGCCAAGAUGCACAUGUCCCAGUGUAAUGAAGGAGUUUACGACCCAGUUUUGGACGCUACGUUUGUCAUGGUGGCCCGGGACCCAGAGAACAAGGGGGCAGCGUUUGUGAAUCCUCUGACACCAGAAGGACCAGAGGAAGACAAACUGCUCCAGGAAGGAGAAGCGAAUAAGUUCCGCCGCGUGGAGCUGAGCACGGCAUCACUACUGAAGGUCGCUCCCACAGAUGAGGAGAGGAAGAUCGUUCACAGUCUGUUCCUCAACACGCUGGAUACAAAAACGGUCAGUUUCCGCAGCAGAGUUCUGCCUCCAAACUCUGUAUGGAUGGAAGACGCCAAACUGAAAGGACUAGAGAUUUGUCACCCUCAGGAGAGGAACAUCUUCAACAGGAUAUUUGGAGGCUUUCUGAUGCGGAAAGCCUACGAGCUGGGCUGGGCCAACGCCUGCUCCUAUGGAGGCUGCCGACCCAGACUGGUGGCUGUUGAUGAUAUUCUCUUCCAGAAACCGGUGGAGAUCGGCUCACUGCUGCUGCUAUCGUCACAGGUGUGUUACACACAGGGCAAGUACAUCCAGGUGAGAGUUCACAGCGAAGUGUUUGACCCUCUGACCCAGCAACACAACACCACCAAUGUUUUCCACUACACCUUCAUUUCUGAUCGCGAUGUGCCGAGCAUCAUACCAAAGACCUAUGGAGAGUCGAUGUUGUACCUUGAUGGAAAGAGACACUUUAACCAAACUGUGGGACAAUAAAAGAUGAUUGUCUGAAGAAGAUUGAAGGCAGUCAGUGCAGUGUACGUGUCAUUUUAUAUCGUUCCAGCUUCGUUUUUACACAAACUACAUGACCAGAAUUGACGUUAAUGUUUCAGCCAUUUUAUAUAGAAUCAGAAUUUGACUUUAGAAAAUGAAACAAAUGUUUUUUGGCCUUGUUGCAUCUUUCUGUGUUGCUGAUUCACUGUAUGCUUGGUUUUAUUUUUAUAUACAACUGCAACUUUAACGCACAAACCUUUUUACUUUACUUUUUUGCAAAAGGUAACACUGAAGCCUUUUCUUUUGGUCUUAUGUAUUAAAUGCCAAAAAUAAAUUCUUAUUUAUCGUAAGCUAA